AUCUUGGUAUCAAGAGGAGGUCGUGAGUCGCGCCGCGCAGGCAUCUGCCGUGUGCUGAGCUGCAAGUCGUCAAUAAUUUCAAUUUCAGUCGCAAUUAUCUUCAUGAACUACUGCCAGUACCUAUUAUAUUAAGGAACUAUUCUCAGAACUAUAAUCUAUCCGUAUCCAUUACGAUGUUUAGGGUCUAUAGGAGCUAUGAUAGUGUUGAGACAUUGACACCACGGACUGUUUGCCAGUUUGUACACAGUAUUAUUAUAUCGACGUUCUUCCUCUCUCUGGCAUGGGUGUGGCCACCUAUUUGCACAGAACACAAACGGCUGACGUGGGAGCCGUCUUGUGUCGAGCAUCGGGAGACUAUUUCAGCCGAUAGCGGCCGGAGAAGGGAAACCAAUGGAUGAUGGAAUAAAAAUACCAAGCGCCAAGGUUGUUUACGAACAAAGAAAGACGUAUUCAACUUCGAGUAAUAUCCAAGAAGAAACUUCACAAUACCAAGUAGAGCAUCUGACAACGAUGGUGAUGGAUAAGAAGGUGGGUGUAGCAUCUAUAGAAGACGGCAUGACUAAACUGAAACAUCUUGAAAACAAUGGAAAGAUCUGGAUUCAAGACAUGCUUCUACAGGUGGACAAUAGUGCAGUCUACCUGAUCGACUUGGAAUGCAAGGAAGAGCUCAACAAAUACCCAAUGGGGUUGAUUCAGGUGUGCACGUCGUUCAUGGAAGAGCCGCCGUACGUGUCGGUGUUGGCGCUGGUGUGUUGGAACGAACAGCAGCGCAAGAACAACCUGCACCUGUUCCACUGCGAAAUCAUCAAGGCGGAUUUGAUCCGGAGUGACAUCGAGAGUGCGAUCAUUGACAGGUUGUGUGGAAACGUAAAGAAGCGACCAGAAACUCUACGGAAGAAUGCAGAGAAGCUGAACCACGUGGAGUCCUCGGGUAAAUCGGAGAACAACGAGAAAAUGGUGCAAGAGAUAGCAGCAGCCUGUAAACAACCUGGGAUUGAAGACAUGAAUAUACCUCAAUUGCCAGGAACACCAUCCCAGAGUGAAAAGAAAAGUCGUAUUGCUGCAUGGACGGCCAGCGUGGCCAACCGAGAGUUCGACCUGACAAGUGGCUCAUCCAUGGAAGCGGAGGACAACCAGGACAUAGACGCCAGGAAAAGGGAGCGCGAUAUGGAUAUAUUAACACAACUAAUGGAAGAAAUGAAAAUUUUCGUGUCGAAACUGGACAAAGAUGCAGAUGUAGAUGCCACCGCCACGAUCUAUUGCGCGGUGGUUGAACUUACGACUCUCGGUCCGAACAGGCAACUGGACAUACGGACAGAUACUGGGCCUGCUGCGAACAGCGAUCUGCCUUCCCAGGAGGAGUUUUUUGACAUCUUUCAAAAGUCUAAGCUCGCCCUCACACUCGUGGCCCAUCAAAAGAAUCAACUCCAAAAUCCGUCGGCCGAGGAGCUGCUUCACUCAAUAUUCGCCAGCCUACAUAAGCUCGUGAAGAAAACGGGAGGUCCGGAGUUAGCGAGCAGCGUCAUCAGCCCACUGCUCACUGAGGAAACAAGAGACCUGCUGGAGGAUCAUGUGACCGAGGCAGAACGAUUGCUCUGGGUGUCCCUUGGCAAUGCCUGGAAAGCGUCAAGGGAGGAGUGGCCACAGGAUCAGGCGGUGCAAGAGUACACUCCGAAGUUCAAAAACGGCUGGGAACCUCCAGCUUUGCUCGCCGAUGAGGAUGAUUGCAGCGAGCUGUGCUGCCCUUCAGAUUCGGUCAGUGUGGUCGAGCAGAAGAGGCAACAGCAGAAGCAGCAGAAAUCCACAAAGGAAUCGCCGGAAGACGAAAUAUCGCUGGACAGCAACAAAUGCGACGAUGACCCUGGUGUCCAAGAAGUCAAAGUACUCGCCAUUGCAUUAAACCGAUUUGCGUCAAGAAACAAAACUGAGCUCUCCAUCCAGAAAAACGACAUUGUUUUGGUAAACGAUCACAGCAAGAAAUGGUGGAAAGUAACCAAGCAAGAUGGAAAAAAAGGCUUUGUGCCUCACAACAUCAUGGAAAUCAUAGAGAGCCCAGACGAAAUGCAAGAAGCAUUAUUUGCUUAAACGGAAUCACACAGUGAUAAAACUGGAGUCUGCCACUUUAGUCAUAUCUCCUCUGAAAUCCAUGCAGCAAACGAUUGUCUUUCAACAUAGCAAAACACAAAAUAAUAACUACUUACCCUGAACGUUAACAACGAAGAACCAUCGAUCAUCAUGAUCUCCAAACCUAUAAGGGAAAAAAAAACCCGACGAAUCUUCAUUUUCGAGCCAAAACAUGUUAUCGUUUAGAAGGACGCGCAAAACAAAGAAUGAACAUGUUCUAUUUCAAAGUCAGCCCACGGCACAGACAAGAUCUCCUUAAUGACUGUGCACCGCGCCAGAAAUAUGUGGCAUCCUGAGGACUUUUGGUGAUGGGGUUCAAAGUAAAAAAAAAAUAUCCCCUCACCGUUGAGGCAGUGUCUCAUUGUUGGGUCACGGAAGCCGUUCAGGCUUUACUCAUGCACCAGUGCAGGACUGGUUGCAUUUUUACUUGUAAAAAGUUAUUGUCUGACCCACAGGUUUUGUUGUUGAGGGACUAUCCACACUCUUGCAUUGGACUUCAUUUCUAUCGGUCCUAAUUUUCAACUCCGCCGUAGCCUAUGCCAUGCAUUUCCUUGACUAUAAUUGUUUUUAAUGGAUACAUAUUUCACAUGUUAUAUCUAUGUGACCUUUUUUGCAAGUAUCCAAAAUGAUGAAAUAUAAGAAUAGGUUUUUUUCCCAUAUAUGACUGCUCGACCCGAGCUAUACAUGUUUCUCAAUACUUGCAUUAUCUUUGUGCUGUUCGCCUUUUGGCGUUCUCUGGGCUAACACUCGUGAGACAAGGCCAUGAAGAAGGCUGUCUCUGGUGUAACCCGUCUCAAAGAC